AUGUUGUUCUCAACAAUCUUUAAUCCAUUUUCGCUGCUCAUGGGCCUCCGGCUCCUUUCGGGAGUCACGGCAAGCCCCAUGACAGAGUCUGAGCUUUCACUUGAUGCCCGCAGCGUUGAUACCGACACUAGCUCACUGGUCGCGAGAGAUCUAAAUGUCGAUCAGAUUGGAGCGCUCAACUACCAUAACGCAAGGCGCAAACAAUUGGGUAUCCCCCCGCUGGUCUGGGAUACUGAGCUUGAGGCUGCUGCUCAGAAAUAUGUCCAGAGCCUGGCCGAUACGCAGGCUCGGUACAUCAUUUCGAGAAUCAAUACACGAUUUGACCAAGGCGAAAACUCUAAGCUUUUAAUUUUCUUCCCUAAUGAAAAGAUCAAUAACCCGAUGACAACGGCAGCUUGGUAUUGGAUGGGUGGAGUGACGAAUUACAAGAACUAUGGCGGCAAAAACAAGUAUGACCUUAGGCACCAGGGUGAUGGCGCUGAUUACUAUACUCAAGCCAUUUGGAGAGCUACUACCAAAGUUGGAAUUGCUACCGCCCGUCAAGCUAUGAGAUAA